AUGAUGUUUCUGCCUCACGAGUUGGUCAUCCAAAUCUUACUGAGGUUGCCGCCACAGAACCCAAUUGUAGAAUUCUACAUAUAUCAAAUUCAACGCAAUCCAUCGAUGUCGAAGGAUCGCUUGACAGUGGCAUUUCACUCAACCUUGAUUGUAUCUUUCCGGAGUAUUUUACCGAUGAUUUUCAAGUUAAAGGGUCAUGCAGAGGAUGCUGAAUAUUUCUAUGGUUUUGGGUAUGACGAUUCAACUGAAGAUUACUUGGUUGUUUCAAUGUCUCAUCAUGAUUAUGAUGAUCCUUCAUUACACUUGGAGUACUUCUCAUUGAAAGCUAAUGCAUGGGAAGAAGUUGAGGGUCCUCACUUCUCUUAUACCUUUGACGAUGAGCCCAAGGGUGGGUCUCUCUAUAAGGGAGCUAUUCAUUGGUUGGCUUAUUGUGAUGAUUUAGGAAGUGAUGUUAUUGUUGCAUUUGAUUUAAUGGAAAGGAAACUUUCAUACAUGCAUUUGCCACGUCAUUCUAACGGUGAGCAAUGUAGUGGUUUGUGGGUGUAUGGAGAAUUUCUCAGUGUGUAUGCUAAGAAUAAUAGUAAUGUUACCGUUGAAAUAUGGGUGAUGAAAGAAUACAAAGUGAACUCCUCUUGGACUAAGACUAUUGUUCUUCUUGUUGAUUCCAUCAGUUCCCCAAACGAGGACUUUUAUCCGUUGUGCUGUACAAAAAAUGGUGAUAUUUUUGGGACAGAUGAAGACGAUGGAUUGGUGAAGUACGAUAAAAAUGGACGAUUUCUAGAGCAACAUUCUUAUUCUAAUUACAAUCUUAGAUGUGAUGUAACUAUGUAUAUAGACUCUCUGCUUUCACUCCCCGGUGAUGGUGACAACGAGUAA